AUGCUUUCAGGCAGUUGGCUAAACUUCCGCACGGUGGGAGCUCGGAUCGCUUUCCUGACGGCGAUGCUGUCGGGUGUCCUCCUCAUGGCCCACUACACCAGCUACCUCGUCUCUGCACUAGCGGCGGGACACUCCUUGCCGCAAUACAUUACCCUGAAGAAGGUGGACCAGUUGGGGAUUCCCACGGGUUGGACCGACGGAACGGCGAUGUCCGAAUAUAUAAGACUGUCCAGCGACGACACCCAUCGGAAGCUGUGGAAAACUAUUGAACAAAACAAAAGAAGGUCGCUGGUAAAGGAUCCAACAGAAGGUUUGCGUCGAGUUCUCCAAGAAACCUAUCUGUUUAUCGAAACAGAAUCCGUCCUCCUUCGGUAUAAGCGUGACUGCCAGUACCAUGUCAUUCCUCUCUUGGGGUUUAAUCAGCUUUCGUCAUUUACCGUUCGGAAGGAUUCGCCUCUGGUCCCUAUCUUCAAUAAGAUAAUAGUCGACAUACAGGCAAGUGGUUUACUUAGUCGAUGGUGGAGAGAUUUGAGGACAAAAACAUCACCUGCUUGCCAGUCUUUAGAGGGAUCCAGCAUAGGCCUACCGACGGUGUUCAGUAUCUUUGCAGUAAUGUGUAUAGGCCUAUGUUUGUCCUUUCUCAUCAUGCUUGUGGAACGUUUUAAAAAGAGAGAAAACAACGUAACAAAAGUCAUUAAAAUAUCAUUAUAUUAGAGAUGAAAGGUGUAUAAAGAUAUAUUGGUGUUUCAGAAUGUUGAAUAUUACACCUGGGUUGGUUAACAGGUAAUUUAUUUAUGAUCAAUGUUGUCUAGUUUAAUAUUCCGUUCAUACGAAACACACACUUGUGAAUAAACAUUUGUAAACCAGACCAAAGUAACCAUAAAUGCCAAGCGUUUUCUGUUUGUGAACUGAUAUGAGCAAAUAAACACAGCAUUCGUUUAAGGCUCACAUAUUUAUGAAGGAAAUGAUAGAGAAAUACUAUUACUUUUAAAACAAAUGAUA